AUGAGCGAGCGGCGCAUGGAGAAGAGGCCGAUGGAGGCCCAAGACCUGGAUGGGGAGCGGCGGAGGGAGAGAGACCUGCGGGAGAAGGCGUCGCAGGAGAUGCGUGCGAGGAAAAGUGGUAGAUCCGACCGCUUCCAAGAGCAAGUGGGGCGCGAGGGGGAUUGGGGUCCUCCCCCCCCCUGGUGGAUCCAGCAGCAGGAGAGAAAGAAGAAGAAGAAGGAGAUGGCGCGGCGGCGGGAGCUGGAGCGGAAACCAAUGGAUUAUCCUAACUGUGGUGGUGGCCACGGGGAUCCAUUGGCCAAGAGGCCCAGGGCGGCUUCCGCCCCCCAGACGGUGCCGCUCCUCCCUGGAUCGAAGGGUACGGCGGACGAACCCAUCCCAGUGGAGGAUGUGCCGAAGGCCCCGGAGGUGGAAUGUUUCAAGUGCGGGAGACUUGGCCAUUUCCAGUCGCAGUGUAAGUUCAAGUCUUUGUGUGUGCUGUGCAAGGAGGAGGGACACGCGUCUGCGCACUGCCCGACGAGGGGUCGGCAGCCUUGUUUGCAGAUCAUGGGUAGCGCAAUUUCUGGGGAAGGCUUCUUUUGUCUGCAAUUCGAAGAGGAGGAGGAAUCCGAGGGUCCACGGUAG